GGGCGGGCGCGCGGGGGGCUCGUACGGCCGCAGCCAGGGAAUUUCAAUUUGAAACCGAGCGGAGGGCAGAGGCAGGCGCGUUGCCGGCGGCCGGGCUGCAGCGGGACGAGACCCCGCGGCGCGCGGCGUGGGCAUAAGCUGUGAUCAUGACUACGGAAGUAGGCUCCGCGUCUGAGGUGAAGAAGGAGUCUGACCAGUUGGAAGCAGAUGCAACCAAGGAGAAACCUAAAGAAGCAGCAGAAAAUCAGCAGAAUUCGUCAUCUGAUCCAGAGGAAGAAAAGGGUUCACAGUCACCUCCUGUAGCUGAAAGCCAAAGUGGUGCACGCCGCCAGAAGAGAGAGAAGGAGCCCUCUGAGAGCAGGGGUAUUUCUCGAUUCAUACCGCCAUGGCUUAAGAAACAAAAGUCCUAUAACUUAGUAGUGGCCAAAGAUGGAGGUGAUAAAAAAGAGCCCACCCAAGCUGUGGUGGAAGGACAGAUCUCAGAUAAAGAGGGAUCUCUUCAAGACGAUGGGAAACAGGCCAAGGGUGAUGGUGAAGAAACAGUUGCGAUUAAGGUUGACAUCAAGGAGGAAAAGCCUUCAGUGAGCAGUGUUGAGACACAGCCUGCUGAAGAAGAGAGUAAGGAGAGGGAAAAGGAGAAGGUAAAGGAAAUGCAGGAAGACAAACCAGAAGGAGAAGCAGCGAAAAGGGAGACCAAGGAAGUGCAGACCAAUGAGCUAAAAGCAGAGAAGGCGUCUCAGAGAGCCACCAAGAAGACCAAAACUGUCCAGUGCAGAGUGACCCUCCUGGAUGGCACCGAGCACAGUUGUGACGUGGAGAAACGUGCUAAGGGACAAGUGUUAUUUGACAAAGUGUGUGACCACCUGAAUCUUUUGGAGAAGGACUACUUCGGAAUUUUGUUCCAGGAAAACCCUGAGCAGAAAAGCUGGCUAGAUCCUGCAAAAGAAAUAAAGAGACAACUGCGAAAUCUUCCUUGGCUGUUCACUUUUAAUGUGAAGUUUUAUCCUCCUGACCCUUCUCAAUUAACUGAAGAUAUCACCAGGUACUUCUUGUGCCUUCAGCUCCGGCAGGACAUUAUCUCUGGCCUCCUGCCCUGCUCUUUUAUGACUCACGCCCUCCUGGGAUCCUACACGCUGCAGGCCGAGCUCGGGGAUUAUGACCCAGAAGAGCAUGGCAGUGGCGACCUCAGUGACUUCCAGUUUGCUCCCACGCAGACCAGGGAGCUGGAGGAGAAGGUGACAGAGCUGCAUAAAACCCACAGGGGCUUAUCUCCAGCACAAGCUGAUUCUCAAUUCUUAGAAAAUGCGAAGAGGCUCUCCAUGUAUGGUGUUGACCUCCAUCAUGCCAAGGACUCAGAAGGCGUGGACAUCAAGCUGGGCGUGUGUGCUAAUGGACUCCUCAUUUACAAAGACAGGCUGAGAAUCAAUCGUUUCGCUUGGCCAAAAAUCUUGAAAAUUUCCUACAAGCGCAGUAACUUCUACAUUAAAAUUAGGCCAGCAGAGCUGGAACAGUUUGAGAGUACCAUUGGCUUCAAACUGCCAAACCACCGGGCAGCUAAACGGUUAUGGAAAGUGUGCGUGGAGCAUCAUACUUUCUACAGGCUUGUGUCUCCAGAGCAGCCACCAAAGGCCAAGUUCCUGACCUUGGGGUCCAAGUUCCGCUACAGCGGCCGCACCCAAGCCCAGACCCGCCAGGCCAGCACCCUCAUUGACAGGCCAGCGCCACAUUUUGAUCGCACCUCUAGCAAGCGGGUCUCCAGGAGUCUGGAUGGAGCACCGACUGGUGUUAUGGACCAAAGUCUUAUGAAGGAUUUUCUUGGCCCUGCCGGAGAAGUUUCUGCGGAUGGCCCUGGAAUUAGCCCUGCUGCGGUACAUGAUGGAAUUGGCAGACGGGAAGUCAGAAGCCCAACUAAAGCCCCUCGUUUGCAACUGGUUGAAGUAAAGAAGAAUUCCUUGAGAGUAGAAGGGGAUAAUAUUUAUGUCAGACAUAGCAAUUUAAUGUUGGAGGACCUGGAUAAGGCCCAGGAAGACAUACUGAAACAUCAGGCUAGCAUUAGUGAACUCAAGCGCAAUUUUAUGGAAUCCACACCUGAGCCGCGCCCUAAUGAAUGGGAAAAACGACGUAUCACACCUCUGUCCCUACAGACACAAGGGAGAAAAGGAGACCACCUUUUCAAGGAUAUUUUGUCCGUGAAGGAGAGACACCAGAUGGCAGCAACGCGGCCAGUUGAAGAAAAAGUUCGGGAGGCGGAUAAGAGCCUAGAAGAGGAGAUAACAUCAAUUUUGUUUAGUGCAGAGGGCCUUUCUGGUAGCGUGAGAGCCGCCACCUCGCCUGCCGCCGCGGGGACAGCAGAGGGCGCUGUUGCGAGCCGUAGUGCCCCGUGUGGAACGCUGGCUUCCUCGCCCUUCUCGCGGUUGCCUGAGAACCGUGCUCCCGAGUCAGAAGGGCCUUGCACUGGAGCCAGUGAUGCUGUUAAGAGUUCACAUGAGACUCUGAAUGUAGUGGAGGAGAAGAAGCGGGCAGAGGUUGGGAAAGACGAAAGAGUAAUCACAGAAGAACUGAACGGUAAAGAGCUCUCACCUGGGAGUGGUCCUGGGGAGAUGCGGCAGGUGGAGCCACUGACACAGAAAGACUCCACCUCCCUGUCUUCUGAGAGCAGCAGCAGCAGCGACAGUGAGGAGGAGGACGUGGGCGAGUACCGGCCCCACCACCGGGUGACUGAGGGCACCAUCCGGGAGGAGCAGGCGGAGUCUGAAGAAGAGACGGAGGCAGAAGCUGACCAAGCUGGAGCAGCCAAGGUAGUGGAGACGGAGGAGGCAGUGCCAGAAGCCAGCCCAGGCAAACACGCGGGCGCCACUGCAGUCACAGUGGAAACAGUGAUGCAGGAAAAUGUAGUUGCCCAAAAGGUAUCUGGAGAGAAGAGUGUAAACGAAGGUGCUGUUAAGCAAGACGUGAACGAAGAAACAGAGGAAGAGCAACAUAAAGUUAAUGGAGAGGUGUCUCAUGUUGACAUUGAUGUUUUGCCACAAGUUAUUUGUUGUUCAGAGCCACCAGUGGUAAAAACAGAGAUGGUAACAAUUUCUGAUGCCUCACAAAGGACAGAAAUCUCCACCAAGGAAGUCCCCAUUGUCCAAACCGAGACCAAAACCAUCACAUAUGAGUCUCCACAGUUUCCAAAGUUUGAUGGCGGGGCUGCUGGUGAUUUGGGCACCUCACUGACUGCACAGACCAUCCCACCUGAGUCCAUGUCAACAACGACAACCAUGCACGUCACCAAGACUGUGAACGGUGAAAUAUAUGAAACAAGAAUUGAGAAACGCAUCGUGAUCACAGGAGAUGGAGAUAUUGAUCACGACCAGGUGCUGGCCCGGGCCAUCAGGGAAAUCCAAGAGCAGCACCCAGACAUGGCGGUCACCAAGGUGGUGGUGCACAAAGAGACCGAACUGUCAGACGAAGGGGAUGACUAAGCAGAAAUCCUGUUUUUAAACAACACUCAACUUUGUGAACAUGAAGAAUUCUGACCAUUCCAACUCUUAAUGCUACACCACUACUCCAGCAAAUUUUACUACAACUGGUAACAAAUUUUAUUAUGACUGGCAACAAAGAAGCCAGAAGAUUAAAAUGCCAACACCGAACCUUACCUUAACAGCGCUGGUCUACACUGUUCCCUCGCAUUUUAAUAUAUUGUUUUGUUUUAUAACCACUUCUGAAUACUCUUAGUUCUUUCUCUCCCCCUCUCUCUUUUUUCUAAUUAGGGUUUUGUUUUGGUUUCCUGUUUACUCUUUGUACAACUACCUGCUUUUAUGACUCACUUUGAUCUGAUGAUAGUGAACAAAGCCAGCCCACGCUGGCGAGGUGCCGUUCACUUGAACAGGUGCUGUUGUGCGGAAAGAAAACCCUGUGACUAAUUGAAAUACUGGCUUUCUUCUUUCCAUAUCCUUUCCAUUGAAUUCUUAUAGUAAAUAUUUAGAGUUUUCUGAUUACAGUAUAUUUACUGUAUGAGAAAAUAUUAAUACAGAUUAAAAGCAUUUCUUACAUUGAGAAAAUUUUCUAAUGUUUGAGAAUUUCCUUGGGGUAUUUUUUUACAUUGAACCCUCUUGACUUUCCAGCCCUUUGGCUUUUUGCUUUCAGUGGAAAGUCAAGAGACUCUCCGGGCUGGAGAAUUACAAAGUUCACUGACCGUGCCCUGUGCUCCAAGCCCCCUGCUCUGCAGUGCCAGGCUUCUCAGGCACAUGCUCUUCAGCAGCAUUCCGGAAACAGGAGGGAGGAAAAGAGAAAACCUUUCUUCCCUUCUAUUAAGAGAUCCAGGCAGCUUAAAACCGUAGUGCUUUCUUUUUUUCUUAACAUGCCCAGAUUUCAAUACUUUCCAUUAUUUGAACACUCAUGUAGAAUGCUUGUUUUGUAUUAAACCUCCCUGUCUACAAGUAAAACUGACCUUUUGUUAUUGAGCAGCCAUAUCUCUUUGAGAGAUAGUUUGAUGAUUUGCUCACAGGUGUGAGGGGCUGUGGUGGUCUUUUAGGUGGUUAUAAGAAAGCGCCACCACUUACUUACAGCUGACACCAGAGACCUGAUAGGGAGGAAUUAACUCUAUUGAACACUUUUUCCUUUGCUUUUGAGCCUUUGUAUAGUUACGAUGCCAGGUUAGAUUAUAGCAGCUUCAAGUUGUAUUAAAUGGUAUUUUGCUUUCUGUAAUACUGUUAUAAAAUAAAGUUGGUUUAUUCUCUAAA